GCGCAACGUCGGGGCGCACGUCGACUUCGGCAAGGGCGUCGAGGCCCUGCGGCAGGCUUUGGCGCGGCCGCAGCACGCCCAGCGUGGCGGGCGCUGCGGGCCUCGUAAGAAGCAGGCGGCGUCCCAGGACCACAUUGUGGACGACCCCGAGGCACGCGAGGACGCGGGAAAGGAGGAGCACCAGUGCCCCUUCGAGGAGGACGCGGUGCUGGGCGAGUUCCCGUGUUCCCUGCAGCCCAGCGCUGCGGCUGGCCACGCCGACGGCGUCCAGAUGGACGGCGACACCAGCCUGGGCAUCGGGGAGCCAGUCGUGGACGAGCGCAAGGGCACCAGACAGGUCGUCGGCACCCCCGAGGGCCAGGUGAACGACAAGGAGGGCGCGACGGAGGUCAUCUCGCAGGCGGGCGCGGCCAUGCGCGUCGGUUGCUUAGACGUGCGCGGCGCCGAGAUGAAGGCGACCGGCGGCCCAGUCGAGGUGGCCCCCCUCUCCGAGGACGUGGUGCGCGGCCAGACCGCCACCGAGACGGAGGCGGUGCGGCUCACCGAGCCCGUGGUGCCGCCGCCUCUCGCCUCGGGUCCUCGCUGGUGGAAGCAGGACGUCGGCGAGGUCAGCGCGAAGGUGCACGAGGACCCCGUGAUGCAGGGCCGCUUCAGCAGCACGGACGUGGACGAGGAGGUCCACGGCCGCCUCGGCGGCGGCGGCUCCCAAGGGCAGGGGAGUGAGGAGGCGGCGGGCGACGACUUCGCCUGCCCUUCGAUCCUCGCCCAAAUGGACAGGUCGAUCGAGGCCCAGCGGCGGAUCAAGGCCAGCCACAUGGAUGAGCUGGCCAAGAUGCCGGCCCUCCGGGCGCAGGAGCUGACCGUGGCGCUGCGCUGCGGAGCGGCGGGCGCCGCUGACGACGCCAAGGCGCACCUGAGGGCGGCCGUGGACCAGCGUCAUCAGGCCGCGGCCCGGUUCGACGGCAAGAUAACCCUCUUCGAGCAGCGGCGCGAGGCCCUGCAGCGAGCCGUGUUGGGUUCUGCAGCGAGAGUGCCGGCUGCGCGGGUGGCCUCAUGAGGCGGCCAGGAGGCGUGCGAGGCCGUUGUGCCCGCGGUGCGCCUCUUAUGGGCACCCUGCGGUAGGUUUGCUGCCCCCUUGGCGCGGUUUCCGCCGGGCGGUCCGUCCCUUGGGGCGCCUGGGCCCGCAUUCGCCGUUGGCGGCGCCUGGGCUCGGCGGAGCAGCCUCGCAUUUUUACGCCCCCCGUCGGCACUGUCCUGCUUAGGGGCCUGGGGUCCCCAGUGGGCCCUGGAUCCGCCACCCUGGGGUGCUGUGGGGGGGCGCGUCCCCUGGCACGGCGGGCGGGGCGGUUCUGCGGCCCUCCGUCGUGGCUCAGAAGGCCUGGCGGCCCGAGAGCGUAGCGCAAGGCCCGCGGGCCCGAAGGCUGCGGCGAGGCGCGAACGCCCCGCAGUGUCCGAUCACCAGAAC